GACUACAAGCCUGUCAAGACCGAGUUCUACCAGCCACACCCAGAGAUCGAGUCUCUCAGCGCGGAGGAGGUGGCGGGGCUAAGGACCCACCCUGGCCGUCCCAUCCAGAUAACACCGCGGCGCUCAGCGUGCCCGAGCCCAGCGACGUCCUUCGCCCACUUGGGGCUCCCCGAGGCGAUCACGGCCUGCUUACGGAAGGCCGGGUACGCGCAGCCGACGCCCAUCCAGUCGCAGGCGCUGCCCGCGGCCCUGAGCGGCCGCGACGUGAUCGGCAUCGCCGAGACGGGCAGCGGGAAGACUUGCGCCUAUCUCAUCCCGAUGGUGGUGCAUAGGACUGCCCGCAGCCGGCGGUGGGGCGCGACGACGGGCCCAUCGGCCUGGCCGUGUGCCCCACGAGGGAGCUCGCCAUCCAGGUCGAGAAGGAGGGGCUGA